AUGGCGCCUCGUAGAGCUCGACGAUGGCUAGCGCCGGCGCUGGCGCUCGGCCUGGUGCUUGCCAUGGGCGAGGCCUUCGCCGGCCUGCGCGCCAGAGGCGCGCCGCGGAGUUGGGCUUUGCGGGCCCUACAGCCAGGGGAGAUCCCCACAGGAGAUGAGCUCCUGGAGGAGGGAAGUCGAAGAGUUGGAGAGGGCCACGACUAA